GAACAGCAACAAACACACAUAAAUUAGUGAUGGCUAUUGCAUUUUGUUUAUUAAAAUUGUACUAGACUUUAAUUUUUUUUUUAAAUAAGAUAAUUCGCGACAUUGCCGCUCUAACGUAAACAGGCAUUAUAGGAGCAGAAGAUUACUACGUAUGUUAUUUAGGUAUAUUCAUAUGAAUUUAUUAGUACAGUCGUAUGUUGUCUAGGGCACUGAGAAAAAAAGGAGAUGACACGAGAUUUCGGAUUUCGGAAGGAAUUUCGUCAUCGCCCACCUUGCCUCGAUUUGGAAAGACGCUUUAAUCCUUUCCUUUGUGUUGUUGUUGCUGUCUGAUUUGACUAAUGGCCGGUUUGCGCGGAGGGUUCUCGUCAACAUCAACAUCAGGUUUCAAGUUCCCACUGAUUCACCAUGGAAGAUGAAAAUAGAAAUCCAUCUACUUCAUACAGUAAUCUUAGGCCAAAGAAACCCAGAUCAUUUGACGAGGUUGAUAGUCUCUCUUGGGAUUGUUCUGUUUGUACCUAUAAGAAUAAUGCAGAGGCAUUCAAAUGUGCAAUUUGUGAUACAAGGAAGGGAACUUCAACCAGAAAACCAAAAGUAAAUUCCCAAUUAGUAGCACAACAAACAGCACAACAGCUCCUUCCAACUCCUGCAAAAAUCCAAAAAACUGCAAACCCAAGAAGAAACCCUUCUUCUCAUAAACGAAGUUUUAGCCAUUCACGGAUUAAAAAUGUGGAUCAAAAUAGCGAGCAACAAUUAGAGGUUACAGUCGGUGACGUCACUGUUAUAAUUACGGAUUACAAGCUUCUUCCAGUCAAAGAUGAAAAAUCUCCACCGGCAUCUCCAAGCCAACAAGAAACUACCGUAAAAGAUGAAAACGAACAAAUUAUUCCACCUGUUUUUGAGGAAAAGGUGGAAAACGGCGAAAAAGAGGAAAAAGCUGUUGAAAUAAAUACUUGAAAGUUGGUAUUAUCAAUUUCGCCAUGAUUAGCCCCUACACAAAUUGUGCAUAUUGUCUUAUAGUGUAUUUAGUCAAAAGACUUUCCCUACAGAACUUGUUCGAUCGAUUAUUUGGGUCAUGCGGUUUUUGUGUCUCAGGUGGUCAAAUUGACGCCUUGAAAUUUGUAAUCAUAUAAUCAACACCUGAGGACUGAUUCAGAAUUGUAAAAUUAGUAAACAAAGAUUGACUGGCAGAAUUUUAUGUCCUUCAUUAGAUACACUUGUGAAAGUUUUUGUACGUUUCUCGCCGAUAACGACAAGCGAGAAGAACGAUUAUUUCCCAGUAUACAUGCUAAUGCAUUCGACGAUUGACUAGCAGAUCAAAACUGACUUGAUGCUACCUGCCUCUACGGUGACAUUUUUAUCAGAAGCACAAACUUGGAGCGAUAACCCUAUGACCGUUGCAGACUCUUUAACGACAUUUUUAGUACUGAAGAAUUUCGGUGGAUUUGUUAUUAUUAAAGUUUAUGACAAAUCCUUUAAAACAAAGCUGCAUUUUGAAUAACAUGUCUAGAGCAGCUGAAAUUGGUCAACACGGAGCUCGAAUCCAGAGCGGAGUUCUAACUACUUCUUUUUCAAAGCCAAGAAGAGCUGGCUUCAAUAUACUGAAGGCUACGAUUUCCUUUAUCCAAGAAAGUUGCUCAUUCAGAGGUCUUAAUAAUCCACGUCGCGUUUAUGCAAUUCUUCGUCAACUUUGCUUUGUGCAACAAUGAUGUACCGACGUGAUCCAUCAGUAAACAUCGGAAGGGUUAUAUUGUUUUACCGUUAAAUUAUUGUCGAAAUAACUUUAUUAUCAUUAGCUGUGUUUGUAAUAAUUUCAUGUAGAGAGUUGAGGACACCUUUUUUAAUCUGACUUGUUUAGUGUUUUAGUCAUUAAUGUAGGUCGUUUUAUUAUUAGCUGUGUUGAAUAUAUAACUUUGUUUGUAAAGCAAGAAUCGUUCAGCAACAAAACAUUUCGUCUGCCUAUGAACGUGUUGUAACGGUGAGCCAAGCCUCUGUUGACACGUGGGUAUAGAUUCACGAUUAUCCUAUAUACUUGCACUGACUGUGCCAAGCCCAGGGUGUGUAGUCAUAUAUUUUUAGGAUAGGGGUACUCAGGUUUCUUUUUCAAGUCUAUAAAUUGACCAAGUUAUUUCUUGGCUCAAUUACUUUUUGGGUCCGUGAAAUUCUAACUUAUUUUUUCGGUCUUGAAUAUGGGAAAAGUUUCAAACAAUAGAUCACAACUUUUAUGCUAGAAAUAAUUUUUUUGGGUUGAUGGUUUGAGUACCCUCAUUUGGGUACCAAAAAAGGGGAAAUGGGUCUUGUAAAAUCCACCCCCCCCCCCUGUUCAAUUGGCAUCAAAUCCUUCGAUUCCUGAAACAGAAUGUUUUCUUGUCUCCCUUUUUUUGGUUUACAUCUAGAAACUCCUUGCUCUCGCAAGACGAUUUAUCAUAAGACGCCAUCAUCACGAGUGUGCGAGAAAAAAUUUAUAAAUCAUGUGAAAAUCACGAAUCGAAUGUAAA